AUGUGUCUAUCAAGAGCACACCCUACAACUGCAUUACAGGCCAUCACACUUUCCAAGCCUGUGUGGAUGAAAGAGAUUACCAAUAGCUAUUCCAAUGAUCCUAAGGCUCAAAAACUGAUUUCUCAGCUGCUGGUUUCUCCUUCUAAAACCCAUAAUUUAUCCUACCAACAUGAGGUCCCUAGGUAUAAGUCUAGACUCUAUAUUGGUACUGGUAGCAAUGUCAGGUCUUCUGUCUUAUCUUCAUUACAUUCUUCAGCUAUUGGUGGCCAUUCUGGUAUUCAAGCAACUUAUAACAUGGCCAAGCUCCAUUUCUAUUGGCCAAAGAUGCAGCAAGACAUCAUCUCUAUGGUCACUUCUUGUGAUGUUUGUCAGAGAAAUAAACAUGAAAAUACUCUCCCUGCUGGUCUUUUACAGCCUCUUCCUAUCCCUGAUCAAGCUUGGAAACAUAUCUCAAUGGAAUUCAUUGAAGGCCUCUAUAAGAAUGAGCAUAAAGAUGUCAUCUUGCUGGGAACCAAUCUCAAACUCACUACUGCUUAUCACCCACAGACUGAUGGUCAAACAAAGAGAGUUAAUGCCUGUCUGGAAAAUUAUUUGAGGUGCAUGUCAGGUUUUGAACCUAAGAAAUGGUUCAGUUGGAUGGCACUUGCAGAAUGGUGGUAUAAUACUAGUUAUCAUACUAGCAUUAAAAUGUACCCUUUCAAGGAUCUUUAUGGUUAUGAUGCACCCCACUUAGCUUUUCCAACUACCAUCACUACUUAUGUAGUUGCAGUUGAGGAGUAUCUUGCACACAGAAAUGCUAUGCUGGACAUACUCAAAGACUCACUCUUUGUUGCUCAAGCCAGAAUGAUUUUUUUUGCAGACCAGAAGAGGACUGAAAGAUCUUUUGAAGUGGGUGACUUAGUAUACCUCAAACUCCAUCCUUACAGACAAGCAUCUGUCUCACUGAGAAAAAAUUUCAAACUAUCAGCUAAGUACUAUGUGACUUUUCCUAUACUUGAUAAGGUUGGUAACCUGGCUUACAAACUGCAACUUCCACCAGAGGCUAGAGUACGCCCUGUGUUUCGUGUGUCACAACUUAAAAAAAAGAUUGGGUCUAUUCAUGUACCAUCUCCUACACUGCCAUUAGUGUACCAUGCAGGCCAAGUCAUCAUCAUCCCCAUCUCAGUUUUGAUAUGCAAAACCAUCACCAGAGGUGAUCACACUUUUCAUCAGGUCCUUAUUCGCUGGUCCAAUGCCACUGCUAAAUAA